UGCUGCCUCUAGUCUGCAACUCCCACAUGGUAAGAGCCACGACGGAAGAGUGAAGACCCAAGGCAGAGACAGCGAGGUACACUCUCUAUAACGGUCUUUCCAACAAGUACUUUCUUCUCUGCUACUACUCAUUAAUGUCUGAUUGCUUAAGGCGGCCAUGUGGUUGGUGGGUAGCAGUUAAUACCUCAAGAAUGUCGAUUACUGUUCUCCGAACGCCAUCUUUUGUGAUUUAAAGUUCAACUCCAAACCUCCCCAGGUUUCUGACCUUAAAUUUUCCUGGAAAAUAUAUGUUUAGUUUUCUCUUUCUUCCUCUUUCAUGGUUAAUUUUCUUCUGUAUUCAAUAUAGCCUUGUCCCCUGUUUCUUCUCUCAUUUAUGGGUUUCCAGGAGAGAAUGGAUCAACGCUGAGAAACCCUUUUCAUGUUUUAAUUUGUUACAUAUUUUUGCUUUACCUUGAGAUAUCUCAAUGUGUUGUUUUGUAUUUCGAGGUACUUCCUGAACUGUUAAACAACCUCAAGUUCUUCUUAAAUGGGUUCUUCUUCUUCUUCUUCUUCUUCUUCUUCUUCAAGUAUACUUCUUUUACUCUGUGUUUCGUUAUUUUCCUUCAUCCUUAUUACCCAUCAAUUGCAACCCUCCCAAACCCAAGUCCUGUUACAGCUAAGAAAACAGUUGGAAUAUCCAAAAUCGAUGGACGUUUGGGAUAAGUAUAGUCGAGACAUUUGCCAUUCACCUUCGUCUCCACAGCUAACUAUUUCAUGCGAAGAGAACUCUAUCACUGAGCUGAAAGUUAUGGGUGACAAGUCCAGAAAGGUUAGUGAAUUCGACGGAUUUGCAAUUCCAAACCAGACUCUAUCGGAGGCUUUCUUCAUUGAUUCUUUCGUCACAACAUUGUCGAGGUUAACUAACUUGAGAGUUCUUAGCUUGGUGUCAAUGGGGAUUUGGGGUUCUCUACCUGACAAAAUCCACAGGCUAUAUUCACUUGAACUUCUAGACUUGAGUUCGAAUUUUCUGUUUGGUUCAAUUCCUCCUAAGAUUUCUACCAUGGGAAGGCUUCGGACAUUGACACUGGAUGGAAAUUUCUUUAAUGGUACUGUCCCUGAAUGGUUUGAUUCCUUAUCAAAACUGACGUUUUUGAGCUUGAGAGAAAACAAGUUGAAGGGUAGAUUUCCUUCUUCAAUUUGCAGAAUCAAGAAACUCACCGUCCUUGCUCUGUCUCAGAAUAAGGUUUCUGGCAAAUUGCCUGAUAUGGAUAGCUUAACCAACCUGCAUGUUCUGGGUUUGUGGGAUAACCAAUUGGAUUCAGAACUACCUGUCUUGCCAAAAGGAUUAGUCACGGUUCUUCUUAGCAAGAAUUCCUUCUCAGGUGAAAUUCCCCAGCAGUUUGACGAACUGGUUCAGCUUCAGCACCUUGAUCUAUCUUUCAAUUUUCUACAAGGUACACCUCCUGCAGCUCUGUUCUCCCUGCCAAAUAUCAGUUAUUUGAAUUUGGCAUCGAAUCAGCUGAGCGGAUCACUUCCUUACCACCUAACUUGUGGAAGCGUACUUGGAUUUGUCGACAUAUCUACAAAUAGAUUAACGGGUGGAUUGCCUUCUUGCCUUACCUCUGAUAACAGACUUGUUAAGUUUGGUGGGAAUUGCUUGUCUGUUGAUCCACAACAUCAGCACCUAGAGACAUAUUGCAAAGAAGUUCACAAAAAGAGUAGUAGUAAGGACAUUGGAGUGUUAAUUGCUGUUAUCGGAGGAGUUGGAAUUGUCAUGAUACUUCUGGCCUAUGGCUUUCUUGUUUUAUAUAGAAGAUAUUGCCAGCAGAGGGCAUCAGAGCAGCAAUUAGUGCCAAAGGCAUUGCCGGAGAACUCAGCCUCAGGAUUCUCAUCUGAGAUCCUUGCAAAUGCUAGGUUUAUAUCUCAAACCGCCAAACUUGGGACUCAAGCCCUCCCAGCAUGUCGAUUGUUCUCUUUAGAAGAGUUAAAGGAAGCCACCAACAACUUUGAUCAGUCAGCAUUUAUUGGUGAAGGCUCAAUGGGGAAGCUCUACAAGGGUAAAAUGGAGAAUGGGACCUAUGUUGCCAUACGAUGUUUGGCAUUGUUCAAGAGAUAUUCAAUUCGAAACCUUAAACUUCGACUGGAUCUACUAUCGAAGCUUCGACACCCACAUUUGGUUUGCCUUUUGGGCCAUUGCAUUGAUACUGGUGAACAAGAUGAUUACAAUGUUCACAGGGUCUUUCUUGUUUAUGAGUACGUGCCCAAGGGAAAUUUUCGUACUCAUCUCUCAGUGGAUAGUCAGGAGAAGGGCCUUAUAUGGUCAGAUCGAUUGGCAGUUCUUAUUGUUGUUGCCAAGGCUGUGCAGUUCCUACAUACUGGAAUGAUUCCUGGCUUCUUUAACAACCGGCUGAAGACAAACAAUAUCUUGGUAGAUGAGCAUCAGAUUGCUAAGCUGAGUGACUAUGGGUUGUCUAUAAUCACAGAAGAAAUUGAAAAAAAUGAGGCGAAGGGAGAAGGCCAGAAAUGGCAGAUUACAAAGUUGCAGGAUGAUGUUUAUAGCUUUGGUUUCAUAUUACUCGAAGCACUUGUUGGACCUUCUGUAUCUGGAAGAGGCGAAGCACGCCUUCUCAAUGAAAUGGCAUCCUUGGGUGGCCAGGAUGGUCGAAAACGAAUUAUUGACCCUAUUGUACUCACUACAUGCUCCGAAGAAUCAUUAUCAGUUGUUAUCUCCAUAACUAACAAGUGCAUUUCUCCUGAAUCAAUGUCUCGGCCAUCCUUUGAAGAUGUUCUUUGGAACUUGCAGUAUGCAGCUCAGGUUCAGGCAACAGUGGAUGGAGAACAAAAAUGAGAAGUUUCAUCACAACUCAAUAUGAGUUUGGCAAUAUACACCUGUAUAACAUUGCCUUGUCUUCAGAACAUGCCUAGCAUAUAAGGUGAAAAGUGGAUCUGCAUGCUCAAUGUUGGUAAUAGUUGUCUUAAGUUGCCUAGUUGUAAUUGUAACAUAAACAUAAUUAUAUAUUAAGUGGAAGAGGAAAUAUAAGACAGCUACCAAGAAUUUCCUGUGUUUUUCUAGGUAAA